CAUCUAUAUUCACAUACCUCCUGAAAACACUCUAGAAAUAAUUUUAUUUAUAUGGAAUAUACUCUAUCUUUAUCUUCUUUCAACACCAUCAUUCUGUCCUCUCAACCUCGUCGAUUAACCAACAAAACAAGUGUGUCGUUUUCGGUACCGAAACGGGGUCGUUUGGUUGCUGUUGCUAGUGCGGCGGGAAACCAUGGUGGUGAGUUUAGUAGUUUGAAUACGCCUAUUGAACCAGUGACCCCGGCAGGACGAUUUUUGUCGGGUGUUUUGUUGAAUGAAAAGAAAUGUUUUCAUGAUGCGGUUGCGGAGACUUUGGAGAAAUUGGUUAAGGAUGUUGAUGAUGCUUUCAUGCGCAGAGCUUUGACUUCUGAUUCCCCUGAUGCUCUUCUUCAUAGGAGGAUUGCAGAGCUAAAGGAACAUGAAUGCAAAACCGCUGUACAAGAUGUUAUGUACAUGUUAAUCUGCUACAAGUUUUCUGACCUUAAUGUCCAUCUAAUUCCACGUCUUUCAAAGUGUAUUUACAACAAUAGACUAGAAGUCUUGCCAUCAAAGGACUGGGAACUUGAGUCAAUCCAUAAUUUUGAGAUCCUGGAAAUGAUAAGGAACCACCUAACAUCUGUUAUUGGAUGGAGAUCAGAUUUUAGUGUCACUGACAAUUGGGCUACAACCAAAAUCAAUCGUCGUGAUCUUUGCCAAAUCUAUACCUCAUCAAUACUCUUUGGCUAUUUUCUCAAAUCUGCCGCUCUAAGACACAAGCUAGAAAUGAGUCUUGUUGACCCCGUUGAUGACAUGAUUUUUAAACAAUUCAGAAGAAAGAAUUUGGUCUUUGGUGGCACUUACAACCCGAUAUCUACAUCACAGUUUGAUGGUAAAAAGAAACGGGAGAAAUUGAGUUCAUAUUUAAUGGGGUUUGCCCCUGAAUCACUAGUGAAAUGUGCUCAACCGAAUUCUAAAGAAGCUUUAAAUCUAAUAGCAAAGCAUAGUUUUGCACUUUUUGGUGACAUGGAGUCUGAUGAAGUAAUAUCUACAUCUUUUGCAACCCUGAAGAGAUUUGUUUUGGAGGCGGUUGCUUUUGGGUCGUUUCUUUGGGAUACAGAAGAAUAUGUCAAGACAGUAUAUACCCUCGAGGAGAUCAACUAAUUACAUGAAGCAAGAAGUAGCAGAAAACUUAUGGUUUUGUAAGGCCUAUGAACUUGUCUAUAGUAGUGUUUAUGGUCCAUCUGGUUUAGCUUUAUUCUGUAAAUAGGCAUGUUAACUUGUGGUACAUAUCUGUUUAAACCUGAUACUGGUAUUUUUGGGUAUUUAACGUCUCUUAGCUUUCUGUUUCUA